UUCUCUCUGCCUGCCUCUCCUGAAGCUGAAGCCCAGCUGUUUGUUUCACAGGACGAGUUUACCUGUUCUGUGUGUCUGGAUACCCUGACUGACCCUGUGUCACUGCAUUGUGGUCACAGUUUCUGUCUGAAGUGCUUAACUAACUACUGGGAUCAGAGCCAAGUGUGCAGAUGUCCUCAGUGUAGACACGUCUUCAUCCUGAGGCCUGAACUGAAGAGAAACACUCUGCUGAAUGAAGUCAUCAGGAAAUUAAAGAAGAUGGCACUCAGUCCUCCACAGUCUCAGAAUUAUGCCGGCCCUGGAGACGUGGAGUGUGACUUCUGUACUGGGAAGAAGUUCAGAGCAGUGAAGUCCUGUCUGACCUGCAUGGCCUCCUACUGUCAGACUCACCUGCAGUCUCACUUUGAAAUAGCAGCCUGGAAGGGACACAAGCUGGUUGAUCCUGAUAGAAAUCUGAAGGAGAAACUCUGUGAGAAACAUCAGAAAAAUCUGGAGAUGUUUUGUGAAACUGAUGAGAUGUGUAUCUGCUGGAUGUGUGCGGUGACUGAAUAUGAUGAUCACGAAAAGGUCGACCUGAAGAUGGAAAGAGAAGGAAAACAGAAACAUCUGGGGGUGACACUAAAUGCAAUUAGGAGGAGACUUGCGAAGAAAGAGAAGAAAAUGAAGGAGACAAGGAGGGCAAUAGAACAGAUAAAGAUGAGUAGAAUUAAGAUAAUACUUCAUAUGAAAGAGACGAUAAAAGUAAAAGGAUUUCAGAGUUUCUGGUAAUGACAUUUAUUGUGUUUUUCAUGGAAUUUCACUGCUGACAGCAUUUCAUGUUUUAGUCAUUAGACUUUCAGAUGCUAACAUCUUAACAUCCUCAGGUUUCUCAUUCCACCACUUAAAGGUGACUUAACUCCCCCUGACAAUAACCCAUAAAGAAGACUGUCACUGAUGUUCUGAUGCUCAGAUGUGCAUUAAGCCUUCUAAUCUAUUUAACCCCAUGUGUACUGGUGUGUGGGGAGCACAGAUGGAAAUCCUGAGGUGACAACUUGGUCAGUUCUGCUUCUUAGCUUUGAACCCAACUCUUUGCCCUGCAGAACUGGCAGUCUGAUCUCCAUAUUUUGAUUGUACAAUGACAAAUAGACAAGCUUGAUAAUGACAUUUGGAUCCUUCACUGCUCUGGCCAGGAGCCUAUCCAGCUUUCCACAAAGGUUUUCUAUCUGUGUACCCAGAAGGCAACACAGCAUGUGACACUCUCUGUAUCUGGACCAAAAAUUCAUCUCAAUUCCCAUAAUACCUGAAUCCCUGACUAGGACUACUUUUAGAGCUCCUCAUCCUUGCCUACUGUCUCAGAGAUAUCUGUCACUGUGUAGCUCUGCAAGAUCCUGAAAACAGCUGAACAACCCCAGCUUUGGGGUUGAUGAUCCUGGACUCUUUGCACCUCAUACCCUACACUUACAUCUGAAUGUGACCCACCAGCACACUAACUUUCACCCCAAAGUCUCUUGGGUGAGCCCUUCAAAUAUAAGUAACAGUGGCAGUUAUUACUAAUAAUGAAAAGUUAAAUAAAGGAAAUAGAAAUGCAGCAACCUGGAAUAUAAAGACUCAGAACUCUCAGUUGGAUGAAGGUUAAUAAGCAAAGACACAAAUGUAAUGUAGUUAAAUUACAACAGAUCAGCUUUUCUCUACAAUACCAAUUCUUCUCCUUCUUACUUCUCAGCUCUCAAUCCCAGGAUGACCAGGAGAGGCUCUUUUAAAGACACACCUCUGUAACACUACCAGAGUCUUCACAGGACAAUAGAGCUCUCAUAGAUCAUACAGAUCCUCUUAUUAAGGCAGCACAUUCCAUACGGUCUUUCAGGUGCCUCUAGAAUAUGCUGCUACCCAGAGUACCAAGGGUCUGCUACGGCCCUCAUCCCAAUUCAAAUUAUCCAUCACUACAUCAGAAUACCAACAAAAGUUUAUUAGAACUACUUUUUUUUUUAUUUGGUGACUCAAUUUUAUAUUUUUAUCCUAUCCAACCAGAUCUCUGCGGAAAGAGUGAUGGCGGAACAUGAGAAGAGCUUCACUGAUCUGAUACGGAGCAUUGAGGAAGCCCACAAGAAACUGACUGAGAAGAUCAGAGAACAAGAAAAUAGAGAAAUGGAGAAGGUUGAAGGAGUCAUGGAGCAACUGGAGAAGGAGAUUGAGGAGCUGAAGAGGAGAGAAGCUGAGCUGAAAGAGUUUUCAGAGACUAAGGACCAUCUCCACUUCCUGCAGGUGAGAGUGACACUUCACAGGGAGUCUUAUUGGACUGGGGUGUGUGGGACCUGUGAACAUUUAAAGUCAAAUUCAAUGAAUCAAAGGAGUUUUUACAAAUGAUAAGAACAGGCCGUUCAGCCCAUUUUCACAUUUGCCUAAUAUUUCCUCAAUUUAUGCAAAACACUCAAAGUUCCUGCCUUUAUCUAUGGCCUUCAAAUAACAUCCAAUGGCCGCCUGACAAACUCCCACCUCAAUUUUACUGCACUGAUCAAUGUAACUCUUGUAUGACCUUUUAAAUAUGAACAUUGGAAAUAUCCACCAGCAGUUGACUUCUCUUGGCUGUGAUAACUCCAGUUCUCACGAACUCUUGUGUGAAUCCCUACAACCUAAAUAUUAUCAUUGAAUCUCAAAUUUACCUUUCCUUUAAAAAACACUUGGAAAACUGUUGCCAUGCAGGUUCACUCUCACCUUACUGACAAUCAUUUGUUUGAACAAUUUCAGUGUGGCUUUCGUCCAUUUCACAGUACAGAGACAGCCCUGCACUACAAAAACUUUUUUCUUAACAAGUAAAAAUUUCUUAUUUUAAGGUAAUAUAUCUAAUAUUUUGCCCCAAGAGAUUAAAUAUCUCAUGUUGCAAUGAUACUUGCUAGAUUAUUUUUCUCAAUUCAAGAGAACUGGUCUUACGCUAUCUGACUUAGAUAUAAAAGUGUAAAUCCAAGACAAUUUCAACUUAAAAAAAGCACAACUGUGAGAGAAAAGCCUGUUAUCAACUACAGCGAUGAGCAGAGCAGGACAUGUAGUCUUAUUUCAAGAACCAAAACUUUCUAGGUUUGUCUUGUUUUAAGAUAUGAAUAAGACACAACCCCGAGACUUAAAUUAAACUCUUUUUAUUCCAGAAAGGUUUUAGAAUACAACCUUGAUUGUGUUAACAACUACGACAUUUCAGAUGAACACUUAACGCCUAAUUCAGAGGCCUUUCUCUAUAACUAGUAUGAUUUAAUAGCUGGAUUCCCUGCAAAGGGUAGUACUUUAUUAUAUUUAAAUGGUAACAUUUUUCUUCAAAUCAAAAUAGUUUCCACAUUUUAAAAUAAAUGACUCUUGUAUAAAAAAUGUGUCUGGUGGCUUGAUGCAAGAGUUUUUUCACUGUGUCAAAUAAAUGGCUUAAUCCAAACAGUGUUGCUGGAAUUUAUUAACAUAAAAAGAAAAGUUCAAGAAUUUAGGCAUCUUUAAUUAAAAGUUUUAUAUAGUUCAAUGAUAUUCCCAUGAUAGUACUUCACCAGAAUAUAUAUUUUGUUUUUCAGUCAUA